AUGUUGCCUCAACCCAACCGUGUUGCCUGGGAAGAGAAUGAUAUCAUGCAUGAGGAAGAAGAGAGAAGUAUAACAGAUGUUCCUUCUCUCUCUACUUCUGUUUCAUCAGAUACUUUGUUAGGUGAGCCACAACCUGCCGUCUCAUCUAUUGCACUACCGCAGCCCUCAGAAACAACUAUGGAUGAACAUAAUAUCUCCACUCUCUCAACAAAUAUUUUCAGGGAAUUUCAACUGCUUCCAGAAAAAUAUAGCCCAGAACAUUGGGGUUCGGUGGAGCGGAUGGGAUUUCCUCUUAAUGGCAAUAUCGAACAACAGGAGGCGGAACGGUCUGCGAUGCCAUUAGUACAAGCUGCAAUACAACGAUGUGAAAAACGUUGGCUAAGUUAUUCUAAGGGUGUUCCACUUUUAUCUAAUGCUACAAGAAAAUCAAUGGACUCCAUGCGGCAUAUGUUGUGUCGAUAUGGUGCUCCAAGUCAAAUGCGUGGUGUAAUUUGGCUAACAUUAUCGGGAAUGGCUGUGAAAAUGGAAGAAAAUUUGGGAUUUUGUAGAGCACUUUUAAGACGACAUGGAUACAUGCAUGGUGAAUAUGCAGACGCUAUUGAGAAAGAUCUUUACCGUACUUUUCCUUCACAUCCAUAUUUUUCAGAGGGUGAAGUAGGAAUGUGUAAAGUACGAAAUGUACUUCAUGCUCUUUGUUGGCGCAAUCCACUGUUAAAUUACUGUCAAUCGUUUAAUUAUUUUGCGGCUUUUUUACUUUUAGUACUUGAUGAUGAAGAAAGUACCUUUUGGUUAAUGUGUCAUUUAUUGGAGAAUCUUCUCCCGAAUGAUUGGUACUCGGAAUCAUUGAUAGGCACAAAAGUGGAUCAGUAUGUACUGGAGAUUCUUCUACAGGAACGUUUGCCACAACUCGCACGACACUUUUCACAACUUCACUUUGAAGUUGGAACUCUCGUUUCGGCGUGGAUUAUGGUUCUAUUUGUAAACGUUUUCCCUGUUUUAACAGUUAUACGUGUAUGGGAUUGCCUCUUCGCUGAACAUACACAUCCUGCUGAACAUUCAUGUGUUCCACUUGCUAUAACUAUGGCGGUAUUAAAACUUCACCAAUCUGAAUUACUUCGCUGUGAUGAUGUAGGUGAUGUCAUAAUGUGCUUAAAUAACUCCGCAAAACGUUUAUUUGAUGCUGAGAAACUUAUUCGAACAAUGAUGGAAAUAAGUCUUGAGCCGUCUACAGUGCAGAGAAUGCGCCAGCGGGUGAGACCUGCGGUAGUGGAGGAACAACGCAGACGUGAACAACGCCUCGAAGCCCUGCGGAAUUCAUCUGCUCGAUCGCAAGAGGAGGAAACGGCGACACAACCGCCAACGACACCCACACCUGUAGAGUCUUCCCGUAGACGUUUGUCAACGCUGCCGAUGGAACCAUUUCAGGGGGAAUAUACGGACUUCUUCGCCGGAACAGGGUUUGCAGAGGAAAUAGCAGUAAACGCAUGGCGACGUGUGGUGGAGGCGAAUCGUAUUCUUGAAGAUGCACAUGGGCAAAAGGAGCUGAAGGAAUGCAGUCACAAUUCGGCCUAUGAUAAGGGCUCCUCAAGGUGGAAAAUAAGGGAAGAGAGUUCUGGACGUGAGAUGGAGAGUAUUUGCUCAAGGGAUACUAGUGACACAAAAGAGGGAAGUAAGGUGAAUUGA